AUGGGUGUCGUUACCUAUUCUCAGGAGUUCACGUCUACCGUUGCUCCCUCGAGGAUGCUCAUGGAUUUGGUCCUUGACUCGCACAACGUCAUUCCCAAGAUUGUCCCCGGGGGCAUCAAGAGCGUUGAGUUCACCAAGGGAGAUGGUGGAGUUGGUAGCAUUAAGCAGACCAACUUUGGCAAAAGUGCUCACAUCAAGUACACAAAGCACAAGAUUGGUGCUCUUGAUGUAGAGAACUUAUACUGCAAGUAUACUUUGAUUGAAAGUGAUAUCAAGUUUGACGAAAUUGACUGCAUUGUCUUGGAGGUGAAGUUCACAUCAGCUAAUGGUGGAUGCGUCUGGAAGGUGACUAGCGACUAUCAUGUUAAGGAAGGUGCAGAGCUCAAGGAAGAUGACAUCAAGCAAGGCAAAGACAUGGCUAUGGGAUUGUUCAAGACAGUUGAAGAGUACCUCGUGGCGAACCCCGAUGUUUGUGCUUAAAUGCUCUUUUCAAAAUCCGUUGAAGUGAUAAUUAUUGGAACUUGGGGGGAUCUCUUUUGUAUGCUUCUUUUUGGAUCUAGCUUGGAGCUUUUGUGGGUGGAAUGGAUUUUUUAGUUGUC